GCGGUGUUUAGACUUCACUGAUGUCGUGGCGCUCUGAGACAAAAAGUUGGUUCUCUGAGGGACCCUUGGACUGAAGCCGAGGUCGGGUGACCUUGGCCUUUUCUUACCCACUCCUCCUUGCCCUCCUUUCCCUCUCCUGGCAGGAUGAGGCGUGCGGGCCUGGGCGAAGGAGCACCUCCUGGCAGCUAUGGGAACUAUGGCUAUGCCGGUAGUGGAUAUAAUGCCUGUGAAGAAGAGAAUGAGAGACUCACUGAAAGUCUGAGAAGCAAAGUAACCGCUAUCAAAUCUCUGUCCAUUGAAAUAGGUCAUGAAGUUAAAAAUCAAAACAAACUAUUAGCUGAAAUGGAUUCACAGUUUGAUUCUACAACUGGAUUUCUAGGUAAAACCAUGGGAAGACUGAAGAUUUUGUCCAGAGGGAGCCAAACGAAACUGCUAUGCUAUAUGAUGCUGUUUUCAUUGUUUGUCUUUUUUGUCAUUUACUGGAUUAUUAAACUGAGGUGAUGCAAGUUAGUGUGGGCUUUGACUUUGUUACAAUUAAUGUCUUGGGGGUACCACUUUGAUAACCAGCAUCCCAACAUUCCUAAUGGCCUUCUCCAUUGAAGAUUAUUGGAUUUUUCCUUUUUCAGAAAUCAUACAAUGUUGUUUGAAUACUGUUCCUCAUUGACUCCUAUUUUCCGGGGCAUUGAGUUAUCUGGAAAUCAGUGUGGCUGUACCAAUGUUUUUUCCAGUGUUUGCCAGUCAUAGUAAAUAUGAAUGCCAUACCCUGUAGUUACAUAAGUGUGACUUUCUGAAGCAAGUAGGAGAGCAGAAGAAUGCCAAAGACCGAGAACAGCUUUUGUGGGGCGGUUGCAUGGUGGGCAAAAGCUCCUUUUCAUGUGCUUGAUGUCAUCAUUGUGAUGAUGGCUCUCUUUUACUUGGUACCAUAUAGGACCGUUUCUUUUCCCCUGCUAAUUUUCUUAAUAAGUUUGUUCACAUGAAUUCUUUGUACAAGGACUUCCUUGAGUAAAGCUAUUGACAUAUUUCUACUGAAGCCUAAUAUAAAUGUCUGUCAGCAGAGGUAUUGUUUUGUAUUAAUGAUAAAUUCCACUGCCUUGCUUAUAAUCACUCUGAUUUCUAGCUGCUUAGGUGGACCAUUAGAUUAUUAUUUGUGUAAGAAUAAUGUGAAUUUAAGUGAUUGCUAAGCUCUGAAUGGAAAUGAAGUAUCCAAGAAAAGUAAUUGUCUUUUGUUUACCAUAUGCUCAAAGUAGGUACUGAAUAUUCAGGCCUUUGAACCCAGAGUCCAGGGGAUUUGCUGUUCUGCUCUAUUUGCUCUGCUUACAGAAAUCAAAACACAAGGUGGAUUUAAGUUUUAAAAAAUAAGCAUUAAAAUAUUGUAAAACAUUCUGUAUUACUCUUAUUUUAGAAAUUUUCCCAUUUCUAGGUUCAAAAAUAAACUUUUAUUAAAAUGUA